UUUAGACAUGAAAUCAUAACAUUCGUGUUCUUUUUGUGACAUCCUGUCCUCCUCCGGUCCAGUUGGCGGCAGAUGCACCUGUCCGCACCGUGCCACAUCAGAACAGAGCGUCCCCCACACCGGUAGCUUAUGAAAGCUUCACCGGUUUAACCUCAAUCGGUUUCAGAGCAAUCGCAGGGGAAAGAGCAAUUGUUUCAGUAGAUGAGUAUCUAGAAGUCGAAAUAUGAUACUUGCACUACAAGGAUUUAACGCACAGCGCGGGUUUGGUCAUUAAAAAAACAGCGAUUCAUUUAUUCACAGAGAUGACAGCGAGCGCUUGUUUAUUUCGGUGUUAAUCGUGUUAUUCGACAUUAAUCGUUAUUUUACACAUCGAAUAGGUUAAGAUAUAUAUUUUGAUGGCCGUGUCAGGAGGCGCCCGGCGGAUCCCGAUGGGUGUGCGGACAUUCAGUGAGUUUCUGGAAAUAGCGACGGUCGGUCCAUGUCGCUCCAGCAGCCCGUAUAAAUGUAGAGAGAGAAUACAGCACUGGCCCAUCAGGCACCUGUCCUCCUGCGGGAUCUUGAUGACCCGUCAUCCGCGCGCUCUCUGUCUCUCUGAAGUGGAUUUGACUCCCACUCAUCACAGGAGAUCUUUCAUCAGCCUCACCAAUAAGAGAAAAGAAUAUUCAGAGAGGAGAAUACUAGGGUACUCAAUGCAAGAGAUGUAUGAUGUGGUAGCCAAUGUGGAUGACUAUAAACACUUUGUACCCUGGUGUAAAAAGUCACAAACCAUCAUGAAAAGGGCCGGUCACGCCAAAGCUCAGCUGGAAGUGGGCUUCCCGCCAGUUCUUGAGCGAUACACUUCGAUGAUAAGCCACGUCCGUCCACAUCUGGUCAAAGCAGUGUGUUCGGAUGGGAAACUCUUCAAUCAUUUAGAGACAAUAUGGCGGUUUAGUCCCGGUAUUCCUGGCUAUCCUCGCACAUGCACUGUAGACUUCUCUGUCUCGUUCGAGUUCCGCUCAUUACUGCAUUCGCAAUUAGCGACUGUGUUUUUCGACGAGGUGGUGAAGCAGAUGGUGGCCGCGUUCGAGCGGCGAGCCGGCAAACUGUACGGACCCGAGACGAGAAUACCCCGCGAGCUCAUGUUUCACGAAGUACAUCAAACGUGAGGUGCACCUUCACACGGGACCCAUCUGCAUCUGGAACUCACAAAACUCACGACAAAUCAGAUCACUAGAUUACAUCGGGAUGGUACGAGAGAUACCAUUUACUUUUAGAAUAAGAUUACAGUUCAUUUGAGGUACUGCACCUUUAACAGGUUUUUGGUUUGCUUUUUGACUGUGAAUGAAGACUAAUUGAUUACUGCAGCUCUGCCUGGUAAGAUUUGAAAGUUGAGGUGCAAAAAUUGGACACUUGGACAUUAACGGUUUCAUCUGGUUUAUUCAGUCCUGCUGUGGGUUUAUUGGGGCCAAAUCUGAAACUGAAAGGAAUAUUUUAGGUGAAAUCUGUCACACGCUGUUGAUUAGCACACUAAAUAUUUUCGAUUUGUACCUCAGCUUUUAAAAACAAACAAUAAAACUUGUACAGCACAACUAUGUUUACUUUCCCCUUGCAAAUGCGCAGCUGUUUCGGAUUUUUUUUUUUUAAAUCAAUAUUAUUUUCUGUGGUAAUCAACAGCAUGCAAAAGGUGCAGAUUAACCCAGAAUAUUCCUUCUGAAACUAAUCUUUAUUUAUAUAACUAGAUAUAAAUAUAUUAAAAAUUCAUAAAGCUUGAAUUUGAACACGCUUACAGUGACCUACUUGACUUCCACGCUGCACUGAAUUUAUAAUGUUCAUCUCAAGAAGUCACACUCGGAAGUGUGUGACUCCAAACACAACUGUAAAUAUAAUAAAUAUGAAUUAUACAGUUAGAGUUACAUCAGAUAUUUCUCUCACCUAAAUAUUUCUCCUCAUAGACAACAAAAAAAAAACUUUGUUUAUAGAAGUAGUGUAUUGUAAUGAAGGAAUUGCGAAUUGUAUUUAGCAUGCUUUUGCUUUCUUUGGAUGCAAACUCAGGGCUUUAGAGAAAUUCAGUUGAAAGAAAUGUACGAAUUCAGCCUGUUGUUCCCUAAUAGUGAUCCCAGUUUGUGCCUGUUCAUGUAGACAGUGCCAUUUCUGUUUUGUUGCUACAUUCAUGUUCAAACACUACUGUAUUCAUGUGUUGUGAUUUCUUGAAAAGCUACAGUAUGCGCUGGCAAAGCAUCGGAUACAAGCAUUUCUCUUUAUCUUUCCACAUUUAUUUUAUGAGAUUUUAUUUUUAGCCAUUUCAAUGCCUUAUCUAAGUGUUCACGGCAUUUAUAAAUGACUUCAAAUAACAUAACUGUCAAGAUGUCGAUUGAUAAUUUAUUUGUGCUGUAUAAAACAACUGUUUAAGAGUCUUCCGUGGUAAUAACCAUCAGUAGAUUAUCAUUAAAAGACUUUGUUAGAUGUCUGUUACGUGAGAAUGUUUGGUUGGACAACUGUGAAUAAGAACCAAAGAGAUGAGCAGUGCUUCAUAAGAGCUAGAAAAGCACAGUUUUAGGAACAAAUUCUCUCUGAAAUGAAUGUUAUCUGUUCAGUAAACCUUAAUUCUCUGUCAACAGGCCUGUCGUCAGUGUUACAAUCUUGCACAAGCAUUUCUUUUAAUUUGAGGAUCUAUAAAUUUGUUUCCAAACAAAUGUUUUGUUUCUGUUUAUUUCUUACUCUUAUGAUGUAUUUGAUCUUGAUGUGCAACAGACUAUUUUGGCAUUGGUUUCUUACUUCAAAGUGAUAGUUUUAUGAUUGCUAGUCAACUGGAUUAUACUAGAAUCCUAUGUUGAGGAGAUGCACAAGUGCUUGUGAAAACAUAAGUGAUGUAGUACCAGGGAACAAAGAAUACAAAGUGAAACCGGCAGUGGAGAUUGAGGAAAUCUGAGGAAGGUUGUGGUAUCUGGGUCAUGUAUUUAUAACAGCGUGAGAGACUAUAGUGGAGUUUCUUAUUCAUGCUCUUCUGACAUGAAUACUUUCCUAUGCAGAUCUUUACACAAAGUUCACCAUUAAAACUGGCCAUAAUUUAAGCACAUUUACAUGCAUACCAUUUUCAGAAUAAAAAUGUACAUUCUGACUUUGUUUUUUCAACACGUCAUUCCAAACCUGUAUUUAUUACUUUCUUCUGUUUGAACAUAAAAGAUAUUUUGAGAAAUGUCCCCGUUUUCUUUCUUAAUGGCUUUUUAAUGUAUUUUUUAUAGAUAGAAUAGUUGAGAGACAACAGGAAAGCAUUGGGAGAAGAGAGGGGCGCAGGAUCAGCAACUGACCUCGAGACAGGAUUUGAACUCGGGUCACCUUGAGCGCAGUUGCGCUAUGUGUUGUCUUGAACUACAAGGCUAUUGGUGCCGACCUCUGUUUUCUUUUUAUUCCAAUGCCGUGUUUAGUAUAAUUUCUAUACCGUU